CCACAAACCCAGCCAUCAUGGUACAAACGAGUGGGAACCAUGACGUACGCUACUCAAGUGCAAGCAAUCGGUUGUGGAUUGCCUGUGAGUGGGGAAGGGGGAAGGGAAGGACGGAAGGAAGAUGGAAGGAAAAAAAUUUGCUGCUGUUGUCGAAUGCUGGAGGAGCUGCUUACUGGAUACUCGGAUGCUGGGAGCCGAACACUGAAGCUGGGAGCUGAUUGCCGAGUGUCGAUUGCCGAGAGUCGAAUGCCGAGAGUCGA